CGAAUUUCAUCGUUUGAUUACUGACAGUGGAUUGUUUAUAAUGUCUGAGAGUUCGCCAAAAUGGAAAAGACCUUCAGAUGUAAUGAAAAUUCAUAGAAAACGGAAAAGACUUUCACAGAGCCGUUCUUUCUCUGAGGAAAAGUCAAAUACAUCUGGAAUCUUACACGACAGUACGAAUGUUUUUCUUAACAGCAGCUCGAAGAGAAAGAAUCCAUUUUCCAGUAACGAUAAUCCUGAUGCACCAUACAAACGUAAAAAAUCUGAUGGGAACGAAAAAAUUCCGAGUUUUAAUGAAAAUACCCAGGCUUUUUUUGCUAUUUUAGAAAAGGCUAACAAGAAAGAAGGGGAUAGUCCUAGUAUUAAGGUGGAGAAAGCUACAGAGAAUGGACCUAUAACAAGGGAAUUCCUGGUGGAUGAUGACGAGGAAAAGUCCCAGUUUGAUUUCAUUGAAAAGUUUUUCAAAGCAGCACAAACACAAAAACUCAAGGAUAAGUCUCCAAAACCUCUAAAAACAGAGAAAGCCCAGCCCACUUCCUGUAAACCUGUGCCUGUGGACUGGUCAUUGAAGGUCAAGUUAAGGGUUGUUUCAAAGUCGUCAUUACUCUGGUGCACACAAAUCAAAACUGCAGAGGAGGCUAAGGGAGUGACGGACUUUGUCUCGGGGUGCAGUCAGGUUGAUGCAGUGGAAGACAAGUCAGACUUUUAUAGCUGUUGUUUGUAUUGGAUUUAUCCCAAUCUGCCAUGGCUACGAUUAUUUCCUAGAAUAGUUCCAGACAGCAAAAUAAGAUCUUCUUCCAAUGGCUUACUCGGUGAAGACAUUCAAAAAUCGCUACUGGAGGACUGGACAGAGAGCUUUACAUCAGCAUUCCAUCAGCUUCGGUCCCAGCAUUGUCCGUAUUUCUAUUUCUGUACACAUCAGUUCACAGUUCUCUUCAGGGCUGCUGGGGUAGCUGGUCAGUCAAGUCAGAACGCAUUCCUUACCCCCACCACACGGGGACUCAGGGAGGCACUCAAAAAUGAAGGUAUUGAGUUUAGUAUGCCAGUGUUAGAGAGAAAAAGAGAGUCAUCUAGUGCAGAAAAAUCACAAAGCAAAGAUUCCGAAAACCAAUCAACCCAUCCAGCGGAGGAUGAGGAUGAAGAAGACGAGUUUCUGGACACUGACGAGGGAGCUUCCGUCUGGCUGGAGAGUAUCGGACUGGACAAAAAACAAUUCCCAUCACUCGACCCUAACAAAGUUAAAAUACAGAGGGAGGGUUUCCGGGUGAUUGACAAUAGACCAGAGUCUUUAAUAUAUGUACAAGGUGCAGAUGUCCAGGCACUGUUUAAUUUCCUGUUAAAUUGCCGCAGUUGUGUGGCCUCCAGUGGGCCCCAAGUGGGGGUUGCACCAACAAUUCUGUCCCCCUCACCAUUCAGGGGAGCUUCAGUGCAGACCCAAAAGGUGAAACAUUCACUGGUAAAACAGACAGAGACAGAUGGAAGUAUAAACCAUGUCCAUAUUUUAGAAAUCUCAGGGGCUGUCCUACCUCACCAUGUACAUCACAUCAGAAAGGUCCUGGAGCGGACCCAGAAAGGGGAGUUCACUCUCACUUUUAAUACUCAUGAACCAACAGUUCCAUUUAAUGCUAAGCUCUCUGUUACUGACUGUAAUCCAGAAAGGGAGAGAAUGAAAAUGAGGGGAGAUAAAUUUGACUCCUUUUUUGAUGUCUGUGAAAUUGAUGACAGAUUAACUUGUAUACGAGAACUGUAUUGUAAAGAUUAUGAGUACAACUGGGCAACAUGAUUUUAUGAUGUAGGGAAAUUUGAUUUUUAUUUUUAUGUUUAAAAUUAGAUUUUUAAAUUUGCAUGUAUAUCAAAAAUUUGCAUCAUGCAAGGCGAUGUUUUGUCUAUAUUUAUUGUCAAAUCAUUUUAUUGAUUUUAUAAACAAUUUUACCUGUUGUGGAUAAAAUGAAAAUAUGUUGAAAACAUGA